AAGCGAGAAUUAAUUAACUGGUGUGGAAGCGGAAUCAUCGAAGCGGGAAAAGGUAUCGGAUGGGCUAACACGACCACACACAACGAACCUGGUUGCAUUAUCAAAUCAUCAUCAUUAUGAUUUGCGGGGGAUGGAUCGGAGCUAUCAAGGAAAGGCUGGAAGCCUUUUUCAUUAUUAUCACCUUUUGCUCGAUGGGAAACAAUGGUGGGCGUUUUAUAUCUUUUUCACACUUUGCUUUUUUUUUUUUUUUGCAUUGCAUAAUGGCUUGCCGGCAAAUGCACGCCCGUUAUAUCCCGGAACCUUCGGAGUGUCUUUAUGUUUUAUUUUUUUAUAAUUUGUUCUUCCGGCUCUAUUUUGUAUUCGCUACGAAUUUGGCUGGAACUUAGCUAGAUUGGGUCUUUUUUUUUUUUUUCUUGUUUGUGCUUUUGUUGCAUUUUUACUAUUUCAUGAGAUUGAUUAUGGUGUGGUAUGCUUAUAUGGAGCAUGGAGCAUGGAGC